GUUUCUGCUGAUGCGAGACCUCGAGGUGGUUCAUGGCUUGGAAAAAUCACAUACCACUUCAAGGGUUUGCUGUCCGCGACUAAAGAAAUGGCGUGCGAAAGUGAAUGGCUUCCUUUGAAGAAUUUUCUUUCAUGCGAUACCUCGGGUCCUUAUUCAUUCUGUAACGGUUAUGACUGCCCUGAAUUCGAUGAAAAGAAACUGAACGUCUCUGGCAAAAUAGUUGAAGAUUACACUCUGCGCUGUUAUUACAAACCCUACAAAUGGGUGUCAACAAGUUACAAUGGUAAUUAUGAUAAAGAACUGUUAAUAGUUAUAAUAGAACUUGGGUAUACAACAUUCAGCUGAAAGAAAUUAAAGAAGGCUCAGACACCUAUACGCUGACGAAGCUAUCCCUGGCAAACGUUUUUGAAAAACAAAAGGUUUCUUAUCUUGUAGCAGACUGGAGCUGUCGUUAGUUUAAAGGCUCAACACUUUGCAGGGGCCCAGUUUGUACUUUAGCUUUAGGUACCUUAAAAAAGGACCUCGACAGGGAAACAGAUAGGAACCCAUUUAAAGCGAGAAUGUAGAUGAAAAUGAACUCCUCGAAAGCCACACCCUAUCGGCAAUUACCUCAAUAAAGCGGUGGUAGGGGUGGGGGGUGGGGGCUCUUUAUCUUUUCUCCAGGGAUUCACGAUAAAACUACAUUUUGUCUGACAUUUUGUAAAUAUGUUUCUCGAUUCAUACAGAAAGAAGAACCGACAAAUCGGAAGCUUUCAUGCGUCUCUUCAGAUAUAUCUCUGGUAGCAACAAGGAGGAGAUGAAGAUCAAAAUGACAGUUCCAGUAACAAUGCAAAUGCAACCCGACGAAGCGUCCGACUCCUUCUGCAAAGAAAACUACACCAUGAGCUUUUUCAUCCCUUUCAAGCAUCAGAUAGAUGCACCUGCAGCAACCGAAGAAAACGUCCGUUUGGAAGAAGUCGAGCCAUUUUGUGCCUACGUGAAAGUCUAUGGCGGCUGGUCCAGCAAAUGGAAGGUAGAACGCAACUACAAAGCUCUUGUGGCAGCCCUUAAAAGAGAUGGAUUUGGCGAUGAUUUCCGCACUGAUGUCAUUUAUUCAGCUGGGUACGACGAUCCAAUGACAAAGUUCAAUCGUCAUAAUGAGGUCUGGCUCGUUAGUAAAAAUCAAAGCCCUGCUGUUAGAAACAGGCUGUAAAGACUAUUUAUGCCCAAAGAUUUUACGGUCUUAACGUUUUGGCUGUGAUCUUUGUGCACAUUUAUUCUUCGCUUUCAGUUUUGUUUUAUUCGAAAAAAAGACUUGUUAUUUUGGUAUUUUUGAAAAACGAGAAAGUCUUAGCGAGAAAAACAUUUCAUUUUUGCUCUUUUAUGCUACAGCUUGUAGCAGUUGAUCUUUUGUACAUUUGUAAUUAUCAGUACCUUAACAGACGCAAUUAAAGUGCAUAUCCUAAUAUCUCUAUUGAAUUCCUUGUAAUUCUGACUUAGAAAGGGUUUUAAAAUUAUUAUUUGUGGGGAAGGUAAGUCAUUGGCGGUGUAAAGGAAACUUAUUACAAGUCCUCGAGUCAAGAGAAGAGACUAUUGUUCACGGUCGAACUGAAUUAAAUGGUGCGAAUUAUUUCCUUCUAUCAAUUUUUUAUUACCGUAACGUGGUCAGAUGGGGUGCAUUAGGAAGAUAAAACAACAACACGGGUUAGAUGGAUUGAUGCGGGAAAACUGGGAGUGUGGAAAACAAUGCCGGAGUGAAUCAUUGCGCGCAGAAUUGCGAUCGUUAAGGCAACCGUUCUUCUUUUUACUCUUUUACUUCUUUCCCAUCACCCUUCACAUUUUCCGCACUCGGCAUUUAAAGGCGCAUUCCUCAAAGGGAAAACAAAACGUCAAAACUUCAAAAGUAAAGUGGCGCUGUUUCAAACUUCAUCGCCAUAGCGUUCAAUUUUCGGCGUUUCAUUUAGGCGAAUUCUCCCGAGUUUAGAAAAAGGCAAAGAAUCAAAGAUGUCUUUUGCUUACGCUUCAAUUAAAAGCAAAAUUAGGAAAUUUCAGGUCGUACUAGAAUGCACCGCAAAACGCAUUACGGAAUACUUGCUGCCAUGCGACCUUCACACUAGAGCAGCUGUCGUCGUUAUUGCUUGAUCAACAGGGUCCAGAGGAGUUUCGUGUGAAUAAAUGACUUACUUAUUUAAAGUCUCAUUGAAAAAUGUCUAUACCACUCUCGCUUAGCACGAUUAAUUAGCCCAAUGGCAUCUUUAUAAAUGGUUUGCGGUCUAUAGAAUGUGUAACGAAACUUUAACGCGAUCAAAAUAACCCAUUUUUUCGGAGCUUUUCGACGGGCUUUGAUGUUCUAACGACAAACAUAUCUCCUCUGGACCCUGUGCAUGAUCUUCCCAUUUGGCUCGAACAACGCGAAAGAGGGUUAUAGGAAAUAGGCUCAGAACAAGUAUUGGCCGGCCAGCGCCCCGCGGAACAGGCGUUUUUUCUGCCUCUUAACCAGCCUGUACACGGAUCGGACUUUUUUCUUCCUUUUUUGAUUCAGUCGAGGAAGUCGAACAAGAGAGCAUGAGAAAUUGACCUGAAAAUUCCGAUAAAAAUCUACACUACCAGCAGUCUCUCUUUUUUUCUUGGUCCGUCAAGCAAAACGCCCGAAACACGCAAAUGACCACGCACGUGACUGAAGGCGCGAGGCGGGAGACUGUACGACAAAAGAGAGACCUUUUUUUUUAGCGUGAAAACUGAAGUGUGGAUAGGCCAGGCACGUGAAACGUGACCUUAGAGUUUGCUUGAACAACAGAGGUUUUCCUACUUUAUUUUUUAACGCGCAGGUUAUGCAGUGCAUAGAGUUAAGUCGAUUCUAAACUAAUUGACUAAGCAAAUCUUAAUUUUGGCCGCGGUCUCACAUUUAGAGGUCAUGAAGCUGGUCUAUUUAUCUUAUACAGGAGCCCAUCUUAUAUUAAUAAUUCAUUUCCUGUGCUUUAUGUUUUGAAUGAGAUCACCCGAGACCUAGUUCUUGUUUGCAGGAUGUUGAAUUUUCACGGGAUGUUGUUCUACAUAUCCAAAUUGUAGCAAAAAUCUUCUUCCACUAUCCGCCUACACUUCCUUCCAUUUAAUACUAGACGCUUUUCCAAAAGCUUUUCCCUCCGAAACGAAGCCCUGCAAUGCAACAAAAAAUCUCUCAGUCCCAGAUGCCAUUUGGACCUGUUGAGUCUGUGCUAUUUGUGAACUGGCCAUAUACCAAUUCAAAAUAUGAUAUUUUGCAUUUAGAGUGGUUUUCGUUUGAGUGUCGUAAAACCAAAACCAAAGUAAUUACUCUGGCCAAUCACAUAGGACACAGACAAUACAUUGAACCAAUCAUAACUCGAAGUAAUUACAUGUGGCUGACGCAAAGCGCGGGAAAAUGCAUGCGAGCGCGUCACAAUUGGCUUUGGUUUUACUUCUGAUUGGAUGAAAAGGUGGCGCGAAUCUUUUAAGCCAAUCGCAUCGUGUAGAAAGUGCAAAACCAAUUACUUUUCGACACUCAAAUGAAAACCGCUCUAGUAUCUAAAGCAAGACAAAGGAAAAUGGGUCAAGUUCAGGCGAUCGAAAGAAAGCCUUAAGCAGGCGUGGAGCACGUGACACGUGCGUCGGGAAUAAAUAGAUAAAUAAAUGAAUAAAUAGAUAAACAAAAUCACAAAAUACAGGAGUUCAUAACCAGAAGGAUGCAGGCCUAUGUCACAGUGUUCGUCACAGUGUUCGCUGGCAUGCGCUUGCUUCGCAAGCCACCCUCGCGCCUUCGGCGCUCACACAGUCUACUCUGCUUCCUCCGUCAAACGCAUGCUAAGUUUAAGAUAUCAACAAGAGAAAUUAAACGUCUCUAAAUAUUAAAACCCCGUCACCGUGCCUUUCUCGCAUGCACGGCCGCCUCGUGCUUGCUUGCGUGAAAAUCUCGAACUGUUUACUCCCUUGUUCGAUUUCAGACACUGAAAAAACAUGAGCGGCGAACCUACUCUCACCAAGCACAAGUGUUGAGUGGUGGCCCGUGGGAUGUCCCUCUUAUCAUUACGUAACUCAGUGAAUGUGAGCCUCGCACGUGAGGCACGUGACUACACAUCAACGGCACGCGAGUUCGAUACCCGGAAUGAUAUCAAUUGACUUGAGCAAUGAUAUCAAUAGGCUCGAAGCCUAUGAUAUCAAUUGACUUCUCGGCACGCGAGUUCGAUACCCGGAAUGAUAUCAAUUGACUUGAGCAAUGAUAUCAAUAGGCUCGAAGCCUAUGAUAUCAAUUGACUUCUCGAAUACAAAUCCUUUAUGUUGACGGCUAUUUGAGAAUUACGCAGCCGCACGCACUCUCACAUUGAGCUUGGGUUGCCUGUGGCCUGGGUUGGGAUUCUUGCCUUCUUCGGCAGCAAAAUCAACAACAACAACAUCAACAUUUAUUGGUAUUGCCAUGAGUAGAUGGCAUUGCCGAAUAAAAUAUUGAAAAAAAAGGGAAAAAGCAUUGCUUAUUGUAAAUAAUAUUAAUAAAAUAUUGGAGAACAGCACGCUCUGCGUGGGUCUUACUGCGUGUUCCGGGCUCCCAGCUGAACACCCCUAGAUUUCAAUUUAAAUAUUUGGUCAGCAGUUAUUGAUGAUUUACUGUCUUGCAUGAUUUCGGCCUGGCUCGGCAGAAGAGAGGAAGAGCCACAUAUCAAAGUUCCAGGUUACCUGUCAAAGUCCAAUGCUAAUAUGUUUAUUGUGUCACUUAAAACUUGAAUGAAAACUGCAAAGUCACCUGGCAAGUCUCCAGCCAUGGUAAAAUGAAACCCGGCAAAACGUGACCUUUUUCCUAUAAAGCCUAGAUCCUCUGACGUGUUUUCAAGCUUCAGGUCCUUUACACUGCAGCCGUGAACAACGGAGUCAUAGCGGAGUGGAAAAAGUUGCAGAGAGUUAAGGUACGUAAGCUUUAUUCAGAUCACCUCUUUCAAAAACAAUUCACCUUUUGAUGAGCUCGAGUUCGGCUGAUUUGCCAAAAGAAUCCUUGAUGAAAUCCCCUGAUUAUAAAGAACUUGCUUGUGCCUUCAGAAUUCGGGUGUAAAGUAGUUGUGCAAUAUAUGUUGCUGGCCGAUAGAUACGUGGUAUGUAACUGUAUCUUCGCCGCGGACAGGUUGUGGAGAUCCGGGCUCUACUUGCAUAAGCGCCCAUUACUAGAUUACUCUGCUGAAUUAGUAGGCGGUGAAAGUAACAAAAUGAGAUGCGUUCAUUAGCUUCAGUUUUGCAUGAUGUGUCUUCUCUUUUCAAUUUAGUCUUUUAUGAUUAUAUGUUACCGACGAUCAGUUUCUUUAUUAACCUUUAUAUUGAAAAAAGUGCUUUCCGUGUCAGUGUCAUUAAAAAACCACUGAUUAUUUUGUUGGGAUAAGAGAGAUUUCAAGGACUUUAAACACAAAAAGGGUAUUUGGCUCUUCAGAAGAGAAAAAAGCCUCAAAGCCUCUUAUUUAUCUACAGUCAACAAAAUUAGCGAGUUCUUUUCUGUCAAGUCUAUGAGUACUGUGUUCACCGUGAUUUUAAUACUUCGAUGCCCUCUAGUUAUUAAUUACUACGUAUGUUGGAACUCUUUUUAUUUUAUUUUUACCGGGAUUUUUACUCUGGUUUCCAGAGGGUUUUUUUCUUACCUAUUUCUUGAUAGUUCGCCAAUAACUCCAGUAACUUGAAUUGUUGGUAGACGUCGAUUUCUAUCUGACAAGUACGGUCAGAUUUUCGUUUAGCUGCUGCUACCUGAAGCGCCUUUUCAACAUUUCUUUCAAGAAAGUUGUUCUCAUAUCUUUUAUUAUUAAUGUCAUUUCAGAUGAAGCUGAUCCUUGUUCUUUCUGUCGUCUUCUUGGUUUCUGCCGAUGCGCGACCUCGAGGUAGUUGGCUUGGAAAAAUUACACGCUCUUUCCACGGCUUAAUGUCUGCGGGUAAAGAAAUGGCUUGCAAAUACCAACUUCCCUUCAGCACUAAACUCCUUUCAUGUGAUUCUUCCGAGCCUCGAUUCUGCGGUGAUUACGAUUGCCCUGAUUUCUAUGAAAAGAAGCUAAACGUCUCUAGCAAGGAUUACACUUUGCGCUGUUAUCCAAAACCUUACAAAUGGGUGUCUACAACGUUCAAUGGUAAUUAUGAUAUAUUAUUUUAACAGUAAAUACAUACUGCAUACUCUAGGUUUGCAUAAAAUAACACAGAAACAGUAGAGUAAGUGCUAAUUAAGAAAGAAGCCGAUUUGUGACCUGACGAUGUUUUCUUGGCCUGUCCGAGUAUUUUUUACUGCUGCAUAGUCAACGUUCUGGAUUCAAAUAUCUUUGUAACCACACAGGAACUGAAAGUGGAUUAACUCUGGUACUUCAAUUUUCUAAACAAGUUUUUAUAUUUUGGGGUAAAAGUGCCAAAUUUCUGCCAGCAGGUUCUUAAACACUAGGUUAUUCUACGCUGGUUUUUACUGGGCACUAUCUAAUGGGCUUUGGAAGAACAUCGUCAAAGCCUGUUACUUUCGAAUUCGAUUUACAUUUAUUAGAUAAACAAGGGAAAGGUUGAUACAUUAGUAUUUCUGGGGAUUGGUGGAGGAUGUAACAACUUUAAAAUAAAUAUUCAGAGUAUCGAUUUGCAUUCUUCUUAUAGGCCGAGGAAGCGAAGAGUCGGAAACUUACAUGCCCCGCCUCUUAAAAUACAUCACAGCUGGUAGGUCCUUCAGUCAAGGCUACUAAACCCUAACCAUAUUACCAAAUUAAACUGACUUAAAUUGAGUGAUGAAUAUACAUGUGUAUCAGAAUUUCAUAAAUUGGAGAGAGCAAAAUGAGACCAAAAUUGCUAGUGCGCUUAUUUUACUCAUGCACCCUCCCCCUUCCCCCUCUGCUAGAUAAUUAAGGGUAUUAAAAGUUGCUUAAAGCUACAUGAAAAAGAACUUGAAGAAAUCGUGGAUUUGUUAUAGGUAGCCCCGAGAUCAAAUCCUCGGCCACGUUUGUAAAAGAAUAAACAAGUUCUCCUCCUACUAGUUAGGAUUCUAAACCAGGUUACUUUUUAUGUUCCUGAAUUAUUUGUUUUAUCUUCACUAAAAAAUUCCUUUAGGGUAGAGGAAAAUUAAGUUAAUUUUAAUCAUAUCAUACUCGAUUACCAUACCCUGUCCAUUUCCUGUCCAUCGGUUAGGAUGCCACUCCCCUGAAGGAAUUCAUGAAUGAUACGUGUAUUAAUUGAUCUUUUUCUUGUCAUUCAGGAAGAAGAAGUAGAAGCAAGCAAACAGAGGCUUUCUGGCGUCUCUUCAGAUACAUCCAAGGAGAAAAUGAGAAAAAGAUGAAAAUUAAUAUGACAGUUCCAGUAGUGAUGCGAAUGGAACUCGACGACACUUCCGACUCCUUUUGUAAAGAAAACGCCACCAUGAGCUUCUUCAUCCCGUUCAAGCAUCAGAUAGACGCACCCGCACCAACUGAAGAAAACGUCCGUUUGGAAGAAGUCGAGCCAUUUUGUGCCUACGUGAAAGUCUAUGGCGGCUGGUCCAGCAAAUGGAAGGUAGAACGCAACUACAAAGCUCUUGUGGCAGCCCUUCAAAGAGAUGGAUUUGGCGAUGAUUUCCGCAAUGAUGUUAUUUAUUCUGCUGGUUACGACGAUCCAAUGAAAAUGUUCAAUCGUCAUAAUGAGGUCUGGCUCAUUAGUAAAAAUCAAAGCCCUAAAGGAAAUAAUUUGUAA